AUGUCCAUCGACACAUCUGUUUGGUACAAAAAUGACAUUGGGCCCCGGCUCAGCGCAUCAAUGCAACAGAUCUUGGAAGGAUGGAGCAACAUUCCCAACAAUGAGCUGCAGCGUCAUCUCCAUGCAGUGCGCGACAAAGCAUGGCAAUACGGUGAAUAUCCCUGUAUUGGCCAGUGGAUGUUUCUCAUGCCGGGGAUCGCCGCGUUCCCUCAAUUCCAGCAAGUGGUCGAGUUCGCGCGUCGGGGAGCUACCGUGCUGGAUCUGGGGUGCGGCCUCGGCCAGAACCUUCGACUGCUGGCAGCUUCUGGGACUCCUUCCAAUCGAAUGUGGGCGCUUGAUCUGAGUCCGCAGUUGUGGCGUUUGGGGUACGAGCUCUAUCGAGAUCGCGAUCGAUUGUCCGCAACGUUUAUUCCGGGCAAUUUUCUACACGAGGAUGACUGUCUCGGUCUACAGGAGCUGUACGGCGAGGUGGAUAUCAUGAUUUCUGGGCAGUUCCUUCAUCUCUUCUCUUGGGAGGGGCAGAAACAGGCAGGCAGGCGCAUCAUGGCCCUGUCCAAGCUUGGGACAGUCGUGAUUGGAUAUCAGCAGUCACGGCGCCGAGCCCGGGAGUAUAUUCGGCCAUGGGGGAUGAUGUUCUUCCACAACCUCGAGAGUUUCCUGCAGAUGUGGCGAGAAAUUUCCCAAGAGACGAACAGUGAGUGGAAGGUCGAAGUAACGGAGGUGGACUUGAAGGAAUGGGGGAUGGAAGCCGAGGACACUGAAUGGAUGCCAGCAGAUCACCAGGGGCUUAACUUCUUUCUCACUCGAGUGCAUUAG